AUGCCUUUGAAAAAUAAGUAUGGAAUUUUAAAAAUAGGAAUUGAAUACGACUACAAUGCUGCGGACAGUAUAGAUAUAGACGAGGUUAGUCCAGAUUUUAUCGUAACUGAACUUUUUAAAAAAAACAGCGAAUACAAUAAACUAACUAGUGCUAGUAAUUGUUGUUCUAAUUUACCAUGCUCAAGUUCGAAUACAUAUAAAGUAGAUCCCCUUUUUGGAAGUAAAUUUGAAGACAAUGAUAUUUGGAAACAAAAUAUUUACGGUUUUACAUCUAAAUGGAUAGAUCCAGAUAAUGAUAAUGCACAUGUUAGUGCAUACUCUCUUGAUGCACUAAAUAAAGAAAUACAAUGGUCUAGUUAUAUAUCCUUAUCAUACUUAAUUAUUAAUAGCCCUUCUUACAAAAAGUGUGAUAAUUUUGCUAGAUGUAUCAAUGCCAAUAUUCACAAUUAUAAUGGGGUACCAGUUAUCAUAAGAAUACCAAUUGGAAUACGAACAGAAAAAUCAAAAUUUCCAGAUGGAUCCAUCGACAAUGUAUCUUUUCCUGGUAACACAAAAAGUAGUAAAAAUAAAUGCAUAGAUUAUGUAAUAAAUGGGUGGCAUUUGUGGGCGAAAUUUAUUUCCUACUGCAAUUUUAACUUUGCAAAUUUAAAUGUAGGCAUAGAAUUAGUCAACCUAAAAGAUGUCGAUAUUUAUAACAUAAAUUUAGAUAUAUGGAAAUCAGAGCCAGUGAAAUUAAUUUUCAUACCAUUGGAUUCAUUUGUUAUUGAUUCAAAGAGCGGAUAUCCAUAUUUACCCAAAAAAUUAAAAGACAUGUUAGUAUAUUUCUUUAGAAAAAAUAUUGAAGUUGUGAUAACAGGUAAGAAAACAAACACAUAUGAUUUUCCACAUAUAGUAAAAAAAGAAGAAAAUUGCUCCAACCAGAUUAUAAACUCAGAUGUAAAAUAUCUUAAGUGCUGUAUUUAUUACAUAAAAAGAUUAUUUAUGUCUAUCGAAAAUUUUGAUAACGAAAAACUUUUUGAUAAUGCUUAUUGGGACCAUUUACAAAUACCUUUACAACCAUUAAAAGAUAAUUUACCUUCCCAAACUUAUGAAAUAUUUGAAAAAGACAAAACAAAAUAUGAUCAAUACGAAUUGGCCAUUGGCAAAUACCUAUUCACUGAGCUUCAAAAAGGAAGUAAUAAUAAUGCUAAGGGCAAAGACAGAGACAUCAUCAUUUUUGUAGUAGGAGCAGGAAGAGGACCAUUAAUCGAUUGCACCUUGUUGGCUCUAGAAAAAUAUAAGAUUACCAAAUUUCAAAUAUAUGCAAUAGAAAAAAAUGACAGUGCCAUUUUAGUUUUACAAAAUAGAGCUUUAAACUCCAAAUGGAAACAUGUAACAGUUAUACAUAGCGAUAUGAGAUAUCUAGAAAUAGAUAAAAAAGCAGAUUUAAUUGUUAGUGAAUUAUUAGGAUCUUUUGGUGAUAAUGAGUUAUUUCCUGAAUGUUUAGAUGGAAUAAAAAAAUAUUUGCAAGAAGAUGGUGUAAGUAUUCCGCAAAAUUGUUUAUCAUAUCUUGAACCCAUUUCUUGUUCUCAUAUUUAUUAUAAAAUAGGACAAAAUAAUUUUCCAGGAUACAAUGAAAUUUUUUAUGUUGUAAAUAUGUACUCGUAUUGCAAAAUUACAGAUGAAGAACCAAAAGAAUGUUUUUACUUUCAAGUACCAAGCAAAAGUAUACAGAAAGAUAAUUCUCACAAUAAUAGAUAUAAACGUAUAAAUUUUAUUAUUAACAUGAAUUCCUAUUUACAUGGAUUCCUAUGUUAUUUUAAAAGCCAUUUAUAUGAUGAUGUGUAUUUAUCUAUUGAACCAAACACGCAUACUAACAAUUUACACAGUUGGUAUCCUUUAUAUAUACCCGUAAACCAAAUUCAUUACUUAAAACAAGGACAAAUAUUGUCUCUAAGUAUUUGGCGCUUAACAGAUAAUCAUAAAAUUUGGUAUGAGUGGUGCAUUAACGAACCCAUUUCAACCACCAUUCACAACUACAACGCGCGACAUUUUUCAAUUGGAAGGUGA